UCACCUUGUACACCUUGACGAGAGAAAGGAGUAGCAAGAAUACUGGGAGGAAGAAUUAGUCCAUGAUUAGGGUAGUGGGUCUGUUGUUGUUUUCGGACAAAGCAUGCAAGUUGCAUUUCUUUUGGAUCACAGAAGAAAGGUAAUUUCUUUAGGAUGUUCUGAGCUGUGAGAGCCAUAAACCAAUAUCCAAAGGGUGAGUGAAUAAACUGCGGACACAGGGCAGCCAGCGUUACAUAUCUUAAUCAUGGCAUUCAUGCUAAAGUACAUGAUGGGAAACUCCAUGAAGAAUUUGGGAAACAACCUUAGUGGGGAAACAGAGACACAAGAGGCUCCGGACGGAAAAGAGACGGCACAAUCCAAGGGCAUGACAAGAGAAGAGUUUGAAGAGUAUCAGAGACAGCUGGUGGAGGAGAAGAUUGAGAGAGAUCAUGUCUUUGCACAAAAGAAGGCAGAGCGGGCAACGGUCAGGAUGCAUAUGAGGGACAAGUACAGACUACCACAGAGUGAGAAGGACGAUGCCCAGUUACAGAUGGUAGGAGGUGACGUAGAUCUUCCAGAAGACCUGGCUAAGAUGGUGCAGGAGGAUGAGGAAGAAGAAGAAGAGCAGAAUUCAUUCAUGUCCAUGAUACCGGAAUUGGACAUUGAUGCCCUGAAAACACGAGCUCAAGGGACAAUCACAGAGGUCAAGAGAGUGGCAGAGGAGAAGUGUAAUGUCAUGUGACUACCCAUCAAUUCAACAAUGGACUAUCAAGAACUAAUGAUGCGGAGUAAGAGACAAAUUCUCAUGAGAGAGAAUUACCAUCAAUCCUUAGAAUUUUAUAGAAUACCAAUAAAUGCAAACAGAUAGCAGUCUAACAAUCUAUUAACAUACAGAAAAUACUUAAAGAUAUAAUCUAAGCACCAAAACAAACUCAACUUAAUGAAGCCGUUUUGUUGUGUAUGUCAUGGCCCUGCAGUCUCACUGCUCAGUUCUCUGGCAUUUAGGAGUUAAAUCACUAUUGUGUUGUUUAUGCAGCCCUAUCCACACUUCCUUUGGCUAUGACUCAUACAGCCUCCAUAAAAAAAAAAAUAAUAAUAAUUUUCAAUCGGAUCUUACAGCACAGUUGCUUAACUUUAGAUGCUCUGUUAAUUGAACGUUAAUCACACACAGGAAGCUGUUGUUGGCUAUAGUAGGAUAUUAAGGGAACACCAUAGGCACCUAGACCACUAAAUUUCAAUGCGUUGUUCUCAGUGCCAUGUUCCCAUCACCCCUUUUUAAACCUACAAGUGAAAACACUGCCGUUCAGCAGAAUGCCUCUAGUGGCUGUCACCCAGACACUACUCUGCGCACUAGUCUCCCAGUAUUUUCUUAAGUUAAAACACUGUAUUGGCUGAGAUAACCCACAAAGAAGAUGGAACGGCAGUGAGGAGACCAGCACUGUGAGGGAGAAAGGGAUAAGUACAAUUGCUUUUUUUUUUAUUCUCUACAGGUGAAGGUCAAUAACCUAACCGGUCCUUUAACAAAGCAGGUAAUGAGAAAAAAAAAUUCAGGAAGUAUGUAGGGAGGCUGUGUGAGUCUCAGCCAUGGGGGAUGUGUCUAGGGCUGAAUAAACAGAGUGAUUUAAGUACUACAUGUCAGAGAACUGAACAGUGAAAUUGCAGGGGCAUGAGCU